AUGGCUGAACCCAAGGCGCAAGACCCCAUCACGACCGCCGUCGAACCUGGCGAUGAGCAGCUCCAGUACUACCCCACCACGGAGGGUCCGGGUUCGGAUUCGUCCAUGACCAGAGUCAUUCAAAAUGCCAAGGCGGCGACGACAAAGGAGCAGAACAUGACCUUGUUGCAGGGCAUCAAGCUCUACCCCAAGGCCGUUGCGUGGAGCAUCCUCAUCUCGACAUGUAUUGCCAUGGAGGGGUACGACAUCAGUCUGGUCAACAACUUUUACGCGUUCAGUACGUUCAACCACAAGUAUGGCACACAAAUGGCGGAUGGCACGUACCAAAUCACUGCACCAUGGCAAGCGGGUCUGAGCAACGGCGCCUAUGUCGGCGAGAUCAUCGGCCUGUUCAUCAACGGCUGGGCUUCGGAACGCUUCGGAUAUCGGUACACGAUCAUGGCUUGCUUGAUUCUGAUCUCUGCCUGGACGGCCAUCUUCUUCACGGCCCAGAAUGUGCAGUCCCUGCUGGCGGCAGAGAUCCUCAGCGGCAUUCCCUGGGGUGUCUUUCAGACUCUGACCAUUACCUACGCGUCCGAAGUGUGCCCGGUCGCCCUGCGAGGGUAUUUGACUACAUAUGUCAAUUUUUGCUGGGGCCUGGGCCAGCUCAUUGGUGUCGGUGUGAUCAAGGGGAUGUUGAACCGGAACGACCAGUGGGCUUACCGUAUCCCGUAUGGUUUGCAGUGGAUGUGGCCACUUCCGCUUUUCAUCGGCAUUUUCCUUGCACCCGAAUCACCCUGGUGGCUGGUCCGAAAGGGUCGCACACAGGAUGCGAAACGGGCGCUAGAGCGACUGACCAGCAAGAACCGCGAGACUGAUUUUGAUUCGGAGGAAACGAUAUCCAUGAUGGUGCAUACUACAGCUCUGGAGGCCAAAAUCACCAAGGGUGCCAGUUACUUGGACUGUUUCAAAGGCACGGAUCUGCGCCGCACCGAGAUUGUCUGCAUGGUGUGGGCUAUCCAGAAUCUCAGCGGAAACUCCUUCUCCAACUACUCGACAUACUUCCUCGAAUCGGCCGGCCUCAAACCUUCCACCUCCUACUCCUUCGCCAUGGGUCAGUACAGCAUCAACAUGGUGGGCGUGUUCGGUGCAUGGUUCCUGAUGACCCUGGGUAUCGGUCGCCGCUCGCUGUGUCUGUACGGACUGUGCGGACUGUGCACCAUGCUGUUCGUCAUGGGUUUCCUCGGUCUCGUCCCCAAGGAUCACCGCACCCAAUCAUCCCUGGCCACGGGCUCAAUGAUGCUCGUCUGGGCCAUGUUCUACCAGCUGACCGUCGGCACGGUCUGCUACUCGCUUGUGGCUGAGCUGUCGACGCGCCGGCUGCAGAUCAAGACCGUCGUCCUGGGCCGCUGUCUCUACAAUAUCGUCGCCAUUAUCUGCGGUGUUCUGACCCCCUACAUGCUCAAUCCGGGCGCGUGGGACUGGGGCAACUACGCCGGCUUCUUCUGGGGCGGUAUUUGUUUCCUCUGCAUCAUCUACGCGUUCUUCCGCGUUCCCGAACCGCGCGGCCGCUCGUUCGCUGAGUUGGAUCUGCUCUUUGAGCGCAAAGUCAGCGCCCGCAAGUUCGCUGUUACUGAAGUUGACGUCUUCGAGGAGACGGUCGAGGAGGGCGUCAUCAAUGAUUACCGCGCACAGAAGAGCGGCACAUCGGAUCCCAGCGAGGUGGAGAAGAAUCCUAACGAGGAGUAUAGGUAA